AUGAUUCCGCUCAUCCCGACCCUCGCACUUGCGUUUUUCUCUUUUCUCUGCUCUUCCUUCGUCAUUCUGCGUAUCAUAAUUCCUAUCUUACCUCCACACCCCCUGAGCAGGCGCGUUCCUCCCUCUGAGUUCGGCCUCCCCAAUUUCCGCUCCCUGUCGGUGGCUGACAAAAGUCACGUAUGGCUGUCCCUCUGUGAUGUUCUCGCGCUCUCUGUAUUUGUUUGGGAAGCCGUCUCCGAGUCGAUGGGUGGUGCAUGGGGUUACCAGUCUGCGGCCGACCCAGGCUCCUCGGCCCGCUUGUGGUUUGCCCUCACCGUCCGCCAGACCUGUCUCCUCGUCGUGUCCGGUAUCACCCUUAUGCAUGUUCGCAUGGGCCGCUCGGUCUCCUUUGGCAAGAAGCACUGGGUCCUUUGGGCACCGAUGCUCGUCCUCGUCAUCACGUCCACGGUCCUCGCCGCCGUUAUGUCGGGCGCAGGCAUGUCGAGCUUCUUCGUCGGAUAUGUUGCCUACUCCACGACCAUCUCCGCGCUCAGCACCAUCUCGUUCACCUGCCUUGCGGUCACUCUCGUCAUCAUCAAGCGCAACUUGAAUGCCCUUAACGAUGCUGCCGACCCAUGGCCGCCAGCUAAGGAAGUCGAAGAGAAGCCCCGUCCUUCUUUCGCCACCGAAGACGUCGAUGCUAUGCGAGAGGGUAGUUCCUGGAUCACGUCUCGUGCUAGUUCCCAGCAUGAAUCUAUCUCGGCCUUCUCUUUCUCCACGCAUCAUGACCACUCCUACGCCCGCCACCACCCCGCCAUGGCGUCCAACCCCUCUAUCCCGGCCAAGUCAUCUUUCUGGUUCAACCCCUCCACUCACGACAUGCAUGCUCGCGAUUCAGUUCCGCCAGUUCCGCCUCUUCCUUCUGCAUACAAGAACCAGGCCCAGGUGUAUGCGUCCCUGCACGAAGACCCCGACCCUUUCCGUCGUUCCGAGUCUCCACAUGCGGCCCGCAUUCGCAUGGGCUCUCAGAGCUCUUGGUUGACUUCAAGCGACGGCAGUCAUCGCACGCUCUCUGCAUGGUCCUAUCCUACUACCGUACGCGAUCCGCCGAUGAUGGCUGCCAUGGCUUCGACGCAGGACUUGAAUGUCGAGCUCUUGCCCUCUGUCUCCCGCCCCGUGACUCCUGCAAUGUCCAGCGCCCAAGUGCUUGGCGGCUAUGGAUACUCUCCUUCGACUUCGGAGGCCGAAAAGGGCAUCGCCGCUCUUGCAGCGUCACCCUCGGGUGACAUUGAUGUCUCUCUUACUCGCAGCAUUGGUUGGAUGGCCAGUAUCUGGGUGCCAUAUGCACUCGCACUUCCCUACUUUUUCUCGGCCUUCUCCGCUUCCGGCUCUAGUUCUGUGAUGCCCCUUUUGCUUGUUAUCAGUGUUACGAUCUCUUCCCCCAUCCUCGCGCUUAACAUCGUUCUGCGGUCGCCUAUCCCCAUCCCGACGAAUCUCUUCGAUGUGCACAGCGAGCCACCUUCCAUUGUCGCUCGCGCCCCUUCGCCUCAGAGUACUCUCCCCGUCCACUCCCGCGAGUACAAGCGCAGCGGGAGCACGACCGUUAUCGAGGGACGUCGUAGUACCGAUGUAUGGGUCGCCAAAGGCGAUGCCGUUGACGGCAAGAGCCGUGUCGGGCGCGCUUUGAUGAUGCUCGCGCCAGCCCCCAAACUGUCAGUCCUCCCACCCGAAACUAACGACGCCGUGCCCUCCACUCCCCCGCUUCCCAUCCAAGAUGACUGCAGUCCCCCUCCCACCGUGCCCACGACGCCGCACUCGGAGAACAGCGCGGAGUUCGGCCGGUCGAGGAAGCAGUCGAGGACGUCGUCGCACUUCUCGAGCGCCGACGAGUCGCUGGCGUUCACCACCGAGAUUAUGGUCGCUCAACGGCAUUACUCUGCGAUCGCUACCACGAUGUUCAUACCCCGGUCCCCCGAGAAGCGCGCGUCCACGGGCGGACACUUGACAACCGGUGAUCUGCUCGGUGUAUCAUCCGCCAUACCCAGGCAGCCGACGCACGUCCGCUCUCGCUCGGCGUCCUCUCUGAGUGGACCCAACCCUCCGAUGAGCCCGCCUCCGUCUGCGCCGCUGCCCCCAAUACCUCCGACGAUCAGGAGCUCCCAUUAUAUCGGGCACAGGAAAUCGUACUCCUCUGGGCUCGAUCUCGGCGCCGUCGGCAACGGCGAGAUGAACGAGAUAGACGCGCUCUCCGCCGGACUUCUUCCGCUCCUUGUUCCCGGUCUCAAACUCGGGAACGACGUGCGCGUCAGCGAGGAUUGGGCCGUGCGCGGCCCCCCGGGCACCUUCAGCAAGGGAAGCAAGGCCGAUAAGAAGGCGAGGCGCUCGAUCAAGGACUCCUUUGGCGCAGGGGACGAAUCCGCCGGAUUCGCGACUUCCGCCGAGUUUUCGUCCCCCGAUGUACACUCGACCCCUGUCAGCCGGCGCGCGCCGAGGCCCCGGACGUCUUCAGCGCACAAAAAGAACCUCUCCAGUCUUUCGGGCCCUGUAUCGGGCAAAGACGGCGCUCACGAAAUCUCGGCUUGGACGAACGCGACCGACGACGCCCUGGAAGCCAGAAUGGAGGAGUACAAGGCUAGCGCCGACACCGCCAAUGACCGCAGGAAGCCGGUUUGGGGAAGCGAGUCCACUGCCGAUGAGGAGAAACAUCUUGCCUUGAAGCCAGAGUCGGAUGUGUACCUGCAGCCUGCUUUAUCCGGCUCCACCCUCGCCCGCUCUCCCUCUGGCCGUGUCCUCAGACCCCGGUCAUCUUCCCUCAAGCUCGAAGACCUGCCCACAGGCGGGAACACCGCACGCUCGUCCCUCGUGACCCUGAUCGCUGCGUUGGACCAGCCCGACAAGGCCCUCCCCUCCGCAGGCUCAGACGUCACCCUCUUCGACUUCAACCUCGGCACCCCCGUCGCAGAAAGCACCCCCGUCGAGCACAAGAGGAACAGCGCCGCCUCCCAGCGCGCCGCAUCUACGAGCCGCCGCUCCAGCAUCGUAUACAUCAAAUCCGACGCCCCCGCCCCCGCCGGGUCCGCGCCAGACGACGAAAACGAACGCCCCGGCGCCAAGCCUCUGACGCCGCCCUCCACCUCGGUCAGGCUCGUCCAAUGGUCCACGCGCUCCGUGCGCCCGCUCGUGCCGAAACAGAGCAAAAAGCUCGCGGACGCAUCCAGCCCGCCCAAGACGACCUCCCCCAGCGGCGGGGGGCUGCGCCAGCUCUCGCUCCUCCAGAACCGAGAUGCGAACGCCGACGGCGCGCGGAGGACGCAACCGCUGGCGGCCGGGAGCUGGAAGCAGAAGCUGAGGCAGCGCGAGGACGCGGCGGAUGCCGAGAACGCAGCCCCGAGCGGGCCUGUGAUAGGGUUGCGGCACAAGAAGCUGCGCGCGCUCAAGCUUGCGCGGUCGGACACGACGAAGGAACGGGAAGUCCUUCGCGGGCAGGAGGUGCUGCCGGACGUGGUCGUACGGCCUCCUUCGGAGACGCAGCAUACCGAGUAUGCAUACACGUUCCGGUGA